AUGCAUUUCUAUUUUACAUUUAUUGAUACGAUAAUUUGUACGGUGGUGCCAUCGCUGCUGAUUACUGUAGUCAAUAGUUUGGCUGUGUAUCGAUAUCGACAGUGCAUGCGAAUUUAUUCAUCCGGGGUUUUACGGGUUCGAUUCCUGAAAGAUCGCGAUACUCCGGACCCACAUCUCGAGGAAGAUACGACAAAUGCGAAGAAGUUUCUGCUGAGUCAGCAAAGCCAAACAAAUCAGCUUAGCGCUAAAUCAACUCGAAGUUCUGCAAGCGGUAAACUGCGCUCCUCAGAUCUUCAGCUUAGUCGAUCACUUUUGAUUGUUACGAGCACAUUUGUUUGUCUGACCGUACCCAACUACGCAUUUCGUCUGUAUAUCUCGAUUUUCGACCCGCAGUCGGCUCUUUUUCAUUUAAUGUAUUUCGCCACCUAUCUGCUCUAUUAUUUGCAUCAUGCCGUCCUUUUCUACAUGUAUAUCUUUUGGAGCCCUCAAAUGAAAAAGCAGAUAAAACCGACUGCUCUGAAAUUGCUGGAGUGUUAUUGCUUCAAGACAGUUCCGGAAUUUGGUCACUCUCCCGGACAUCCCGGAGAACAUAUAAUGAAUUACAGAUGA